GGGAAGGUGCUCGCGCGCCCCUGCUUCGGCUCUGGGACUACAAAGCCCAGCAUUCGCAGCCCACGCCGGCUUGGCGUUUUAGGAUAUGUUGUCCGAACAUGCUUAGGGGCCCAGGUGUGCAGAGAGCCAGGGAGGCAUUUUAGUGUGUCAAAGAUGAUGUGGAGAGACACUCUGGGAGUUACUAACAUUGACAGCAUGGAUCAAUCUGUGCUCAGAAGGGAGAGGCCCCCAGUGCUUCAUGACAGAUCUUUGGUUGAAGAGGAAGACCCUCACAUGAAAGUUACUCUGGGGAGCAGCGAUAUGGGCGUGUCUGCUCACCUGCAGGCAUCAAAGGCUGGAACCACAAGAUUCUUCACCAGCAACACUCACAGUUCUGUGGUCCUCCAGGGUUUUGACCAGCUGCGCAUAGAAGGGUUGCUUUGUGACGUGACGUUAGUGCCAGGCGACGGAGAUGAAGUGUUCGCUGUCCAUAGGGCAAUGAUGGCGUCCGCUAGUGAUUACUUCAAGGCCAUGUUCACAGGUGGGAUGAAAGAACAAGAUUUAAUGUGCAUUAAGCUCCAUGGUGUGAACAAAAUAGGUUUAAAGAAGAUCAUUGAUUUUAUUUAUACGGCAAAACUUUCCCUCAACAUGGACAACCUGCAGGAUACUCUAGAAGCGGCCAGCUUUUUGCAGAUAUUGCCCGUGCUGGACUUCUGUAAAGUGUUUCUUAUAUCUGGGGUGUCCUUGGAGAACUGCGUAGAAGUGGGGCGGAUUGCCAAUACAUACAACCUCACCGAAGUGGAUAAAUAUGUGAACAAUUUCAUUCUCAAGAACUUCCCAGCCCUGUUAAGUACCGGGGAGUUUGUGAAGCUCCCCUUUGAGCGCCUUGCCUUUGUUCUUUCAAGUAACAGCCUUAAGCACUGUACCGAGUUGGAACUCUUCAAGGCCGCCUGCCGAUGGCUGCGGUAUGAGGAGCCACGUAUGGAAUGCGCCGCGAAGCUCAUGAAAAACAUCCGUUUCCCUCUGAUGACGCCACAGGAUCUAAUCAACUACGUCCAGACCGUGGAUUUCAUGAGAACUGAUAAUACUUGCGUCAACUUGCUUUUGGAGGCCAGUAACUAUCAAAUGAUGCCCUACAUGCAGCCAGUGAUGCAGUCGGAGAGGACGGCCAUCCGUUCAGACAGCACCCACCUGGUGACAUUGGGAGGAGUCCUCCGGCAGCAGCUGGUAGUGAGUAAGGAACUGCGGAUGUAUGAUGAGAAAGCACAUGAGUGGAGGUCUCUGGCCCCCAUGGAUGCACCCCGAUACCAGCACGGCAUCGCUGUAAUUGGGAACUUCCUAUAUGUUGUUGGUGGGCAGAGCAAUUAUGACACAAAAGGAAAGACAGCUGUUGACACAGUUUUCAGAUUUGAUCCUCGUUAUAAUAAGUGGAUGCAAGUGGCUUCUUUAAAUGAAAAGAGAACCUUCUUCCACCUAAGUGCCCUCAAAGGACAUUUGUAUGCAGUUGGUGGUCGAAAUGCAGCUGGAGAAUUAGCUACGGUGGAGUGUUACAAUCCCAGAAUGAACGAGUGGAGCUACGUGGCAAAGAUGAACGAGCCCCAUUAUGGCCACGCUGGAACUGUGUACGGGGGGCUGAUGUAUAUUUCAGGUGGCAUCACCCAUGACACUUUCCAGAAGGAGCUCAUGUGCUUUGACCCCGACACGGACAAAUGGACGCAGAAGGCCCCGAUGACCACCGUGAGAGGCCUCCACUGCAUGUGUACUGUGGGCGAUAAGCUUUACGUCAUCGGGGGAAACCAUUUCCGCGGCACCAGCGACUACGAUGACGUCCUCAGCUGCGAAUAUUACUCCCCGACUCUGGACCAGUGGACUCCGAUUGCGGCUAUGCUCCGGGGCCAGAGUGAUGUUGGAGUGGCUGUUUUUGAAAAUAAAAUCUAUGUUGUCGGAGGCUAUUCGUGGAACAACCGUUGCAUGGUAGAAAUAGUCCAAAAGUAUGACCCGGAGAAGGACGAGUGGCACAAGGUUUUUGACCUUCCAGAGUCCCUGGGGGGCAUCCGGGCCUGCACGCUGACAGUCUUCCCCCCCGAGGACAAUCUAGGGUCGCCUUCGCGGGAGUCGCCUCUUUCGGCGCCUUGAAAGCGAUCCCCUGGGGCUCGCUGUGCCGUUCCAAUCCUGCUGCGCUGCAUCAUGGGUCCUCUUCUUUGUCUUCAGUAGUCUCUAUCAGGCUUGCCCUGAAGCCGCUGGCAAAUAAUGGGUGGGGUGGGGCGGGGUGGGGGGCUCAGAAGGAAGAUGUGAAGCUCCAUGUGCUGUUUGACCUAGAGUGUUUCUUGCAGUAGGCCUCGAACGUGCUGAACUCAAUGUCUCUUGGAGCCAAAUGCUUAACAAAUGAGGAAAACAAGGGGACUGUCUUCUUUUUUAAAAAUGCUUUAGGCGCAUCAGUGUUACGUGUUGGGGGCAGCGUAACUCACACCGUAAGGUGAAGAAGAAGGUGGGGUGGAUUGCAGGAACAGAGCCCUGGUUUGCUAAGCUUGGUGCUGGAGGACAGCUUCCUCAUCGGAGGACGCCUCUGCCGAUACAGGUUUAGCCGCCCUCCGGCCCCAGCUACCUCCCUCUUCUCAUGGAGCGUUUUAGACUUCUUGGCCGGCUUGACCUGCGGCUCACGUGAAAAGACAGGAGAAACCCAGGAGUUUGGAACCAGUGAAGAAGCGCACCUCGUGGAGACCUUGGAUCUGUACAUCAGGGUGGGUUUCCCCUCCCCUGGCCCCCCACAUUAAAAAAAAUGAAGCAUUAACUGAGGGUUUUCAUUUCUCUCUCUCCCCCUUCUUUCCUUCUCUUUGCCCAUCCUCUCUCCUCCCCCCACCCCCAGCCAGCCACCGCCUCUUCCCCCAGUUCAGCAAUUUGGGGACCGGGUUGUGUUGCAACCCUGUCAGAUGUCUGCACUGGAUUUUAAGGAGACAAGGGCUAGAACUCUUACUUGUUAAGCCACUAAAGUUUUGACCAAACAGUUUCCUCUGGAUGAAAUUUAAUCUGUCUUUGCCCCAUUCCCCCGCCCCCCACAUCCUCUUGCCUCUUACACCUCUGUAUAAAAUCUCAGUUAAGACGGUUAUUUAGCACAAACACAGCUUGGAUAGAGCUGCUUUUGCUCAGAGAAUUCAGACUACCCUGUUUCUUUUGUUCAAUAAAAUCUUUA